CUUAUCCUUCACGUGCUUGUUCUCCUAGAUUUGCACAAAAUCAGUUUUUAUUUACUAAGUUUCUUUACUUUGUGCUCACAAUAUUUAACUUUUGACAUGAAGUCUUCUAAAAGAAAAGCUAGUGAAGGUAACGAAGCUGAAAACUGCGUUAAAAAUGAAGUCAAACAGACGAAAUUGGAGGAAAAUACAAGAGACAGUUUGUUGAGUGAAUACUUGAUGGAGAAAGAUUUCAAGGCUCAGUUUUCGGAUGCUUUUAGAAAUGGUAAAUCAUUCAAAGAUUCAGGAGCUGUCAUCUACAGCAAGCCAUUCACAUAUUGUUCGCUACCAAACUUCAUCUCGGAUGAGAAAUAUUUCAAGGAACUAAGGACAGAACUUCUGAAGCUGAACUUCAAUGAAAAAUCUAACGACUUGUACAAGUUCAAACAGAGUGAUGACUUGAAGAAUCAUUCUAAUAAACUCAUGGCAACAUUGAGAAAGACAUUGUACCAUGACUUCAGACUGUGGUUAGAAGGAGUGACAGGAUUUGAACUAACAGACCAGGUUGAUAUGUCUUGUGCAAAGUAUGAACACACAGAUGUAUUGCUAUGUCAUGAUGAUGAACUUGAAGGUCGUCGAGUGGCCUAUAUUCUGUAUCUUGUCCCCCCCUGGACAGCUGAGGAUGGAGGAUCGUUAGAUCUUUUUUCAGUUGAUGAACAUGGUCAGCCAGACAAGAUAGUAGAGUCGCUGAUACCAAAGGAAAAUUCUCUGGCCUUUUUUGAAGUGUCGCCUGUUUCAUUUCAUCAGGUUUCUGAGGUCUUGUCUGAAAGCAAGACACGCCUGUCAAUCAGUGGCUGGUUCCAUGGCAACCCACCCAAGCGAACUCCCCCUUACACAGAACCUUGUCCAGUGACAGUACCACCCAAGCCGUUAGAGGAUGAGUGUUUGGUUGAGUGGAUCAAUCCCAUCUAUCUCRAUGAAGGAGUUGUCUCACACAUACGAGAAAAAUUUGAAGAUGAAUCAGAGAUUGAACUUCAGGACUUUCUCUUGGAAGAUAAAUAUGAAGAAGUUCUAAAAGCCUUGAGAAGCGAAGAUGUAAAGUGGGCAUUCAUUGGACCAGCCAAUAAGAGACAUUAUGAGCGCGCAUCCACUGAUAGUUUACCCGCUGUACUGACAGAUCUCAAAGAGCUUCUCAAAUCAUCACCGAUGUUCAAAUUACUGAGAACAUUCACUGGACUUGACCUUGCAGAUACUCCGCUGACCAGCAAGGACAAAGAUGAGAAUGACGAAAGCCAAGGUUCCUCGUCAAGUAACCCUCGCUGCCGAGGUGAAAUUCGACGCUGGUCGCAUGGCAGUUACACUCUAGUACACGAUACAGACCCUGAGAGUGCAGAGUACGCCCUGGACGCUAUGCUGUACUGUGGGUGUGAAGGAUGGGAUAGCGAAGAAUGGGGCGGAUUUACAUCAUAUUUGGCAAGUGAAGAAGACGAAGAGUUGUUAUCCGUUCAUCCAUUGACCAAUUCAUUAGCCUUAGUGUACCGUGACAUGGAGACGUUGAAGUUUGUGAAGCACAUCAACCACAAGUCUAUAAAUACUGCAGCUUCAGCUAACACAGAACAUGGCUUUUGUGACAUUCAUUUCGUGUAUUAUGAAURACUAUAUGAUUACGAAAAAAAAUUAUAAAGUCAAUUUAAAAAUGGUGACCAUUUUGAA